AUGAUGAAUAAUUAUAUGCCUAAAAGUUUUGAAGAAAUUUUAGUUCAUCCGCAAAAUAAGUUGAGCAUAUUAAAUUUUUUUACAGAUAUAAUAAAAUUUAAUAAUGAUCCAAUAUUAAACAAAGAAUUAGAAUGUAUAUGUAAUUAUAAAAACCCAGAUGAAUAUAAGACAAUAGAUUCUUUAAAAAGCAUAUGUGUUAUAUUAGGAAUACAAGGUAGUGGAAAAACAACGUUAAUAAAAUAUUUAUGUGAAAAAUUAAAUAUAAGACAAUGUUAUUAUGAAAAUGAACCUAUCGAUUAUAUUAAUAAUAUUAGAGGUAUGAAUGAAAGAGAAUCAAAUAAUGUUGAGGAUGAUGAUGACAAUAGUAAUAGAAUGAAUGAUAAUUAUUAUGAACAUCCAUAUAUUAAUUUUUUAUUAUAUUCAAAUUGUAUAAUAGGAAAUACAAAAAAAGAUAAAACUCAAGCUAGGAAAAAGAGAAAUGAUAUUAUUCAAAAUAAAAAAUAUAUUGGUAAGAACUCAGAACAAAUAUUAACUUGUAUAAAUAAUAAUAGUAAUAAUUACAUUGAUGGUGGUGAUAAUAAUCCUGUUAGUAGAUGUUUUAAUCAUAAUGAAAAUUAUGAUUUUUUUAAAUAUAACUCUACUUUAGAUGAUAGAUUUCCCGUUUUAGGGAAGAAAAGAUUGGUUGAUUCAAACACACACAAUGGUCCAAACAAAUUUUUUAAAAUUUUUAAUUCAAAUAAUAUAAAUUAUAGAGGAAUUAUAAAUAAUUCCUUAGCCUCAAAUAAUCAUAAUAUUAAUAAUAAUAUUAAUAGUGAGAAUAAAGAAAUGAUUAUAGAAAAUUUAAUUGAGUGUAAUCAUAUGAUUAUUCAAUUAAUAAAAUUAUUGUUCAUAUUAUACGAUAAAUAUAUGCAUAUAUUAAAAGAUCUUUUAAAAUAUUCAGAAUGUAUGGAAACUGAGAAAAAGAGUAAUUUUUUAUUUUUUAGUCAGAAUAGAUUUUAUAAAAUUAUAAAUAAAAAGUUUUUAUUAUGUGUUAAAAUAUUUAAAAAAAUAAAUAAUAUCUUAUCUGUGUUACACAACAUAAAAGAUAUAAUUUUAAAAAGAUUUAAUGAUUAUAUAAGUAUAGAAAAACAACAUCUAAUUAAUUUAUUUGUUGAUGGGAAUUAUAAUGAAGAAAUGAUUGAGGCAUUAAAUAAAUUAUAUCAUACAAUUGAAGUAAUUAAUAUAACUAUAAAACAAUCAAAUGAUAUAUCCUUUUAUAGAAAUAAAAAUCUUGAUUUAUAUAAUAAAUUAAAAGUAGAAUUAAUUGAAGAGUGGGAUAUGCGAGCGACAUUAAUAGAAGAGAUGAAAGAUUAUAUUGAAAGAAAAAAUAUUAAUAAACAACUUGAAAAAUAUAUCCAAAGUAAUAAUAUUAUAUAUACUGAAAAGGAUAAUUCUAUAUGUGUUACCAUUCCUAUGAUAAAUGAAGAAAAUAUUAAUGAUUUUUAUAUUACAAAAAAAAAAUAUACGAAUAACAACAAAUAUAAUAAUAAAAAUAAAAAUGAAAAUAAAAAUAAAAAUAUUUGUAGAGAUAGUAGUACAUGUACAGGUAGUGAUGACAGUACAUGCUUAGACAAUAAUUCUGUUAAGUCACCUAUUUGUGACAGUAAAAAAUAUAUAAAUAAUAUAUUAACAAAUAAUACAUUAAAUAAUUAUAUAGAACAUUUUAUAGAUAUAAAUAGAUCAAAAAAUAUUAUUAAAGAAUUAUGUGUAACAAACAAUUUGAAAAAUAUUCUUAAUGAGAAUUAUUUACAUAUUAUAGAGAAUUUGAAUAAAAAUGUUAAUGAUAUAAAUAAUAUAAAUUAUAUAGAAAUUAAUAAAGGAAAAAUACACUUUCCACAUUUUAUGAUUCUUCCAAAAGAUAUUAAUGAUAUACUUAUAAUAAACAAAAUAGAAAAAAAAUGUUCUUUAUUUAAUAAUGAAAAUAUAUUAAUACAACUUUUGAUGAUAAAUAAUUAUAAUAUAAAUUUUAUUAAUAAUUUUAAUCUUAAAAAUAUUAUUAAGGAAUUUAUAAUUAUACAUAUGUUGUUAAUAAUAAAUAUAAAGGAUAUUAUUACGGUUAAUUUGAAAAUUGUGAAUCAUAUAAAAAUGGAUGUAAUAAACAAUUUGAUUAUGACAAAUAAUUUAAUAAAAAAAAAAAAAAACUUUAAAAAUGAUUAUAUAUUUGGAAAGAAUUUAUUAGAUAAACUAACAACUAUAAGUUUGAAGAACAAGAGACAUGUAGAGACAAAAUAUGAAAAUAUAACUUAUGAUGAUAUAAAUAAUAUAAAAGAAUUCGAAGAAAGAAAAAGUGGUAAAGAUAGUAUUAUACAAAAUGAUAAAUAUAUAAAAGAAAAUAAAAAUGUAACAAAAAUAAAAAUUACUUGUUCUUUUGAAAAUUCAAUUAUAAUGAUAAAAGAAUCUUUAAAUGUGUCUAAAAAAAUAAAUAAUAAAUUAAUAACAUAUAGUUAUGAAAUAUAUAAAUUAAAUAACAACAUAAUAAAUAAUUUAAUACAAAAUAAUAGAUUAUAUGAUGAUAUAAUAAAAUCAUUAAAUAAUGAAAUAUAUAUAAAAGAUGAAUUAAUGAGCAACUUUGUUGAUAUUAUAAAUAUACAAGAUGAAAUGUUAGAUUUUUUGUUUUGGAUAUUAUCAAAUAAUAGUAAUGAAAAUGUUAUGGAUAUAAUUAUGAAAAGUAUUUUAUAUAAAAAAGUAAUGGAUAUAGAUAUAAAAGAAAAGAAGAAAAAAGAAAAGGAACGAAUUUUUUAUGAUAAUCAUUUUAUAAAUACUAGAGCCAUUAUUAUUGAUGAACUUCCAAUAUCAGAAUUAGAAUAUUCAGAAGCAUUUAGAAACAGUUGUAUAUCUACAAUGCAAUUUAUAUUGAAUCGUAUAAAUUAUUGUAAAGAAAAAAUAUUAAAAUAUAAAAAUCGGGAUAUAAAUAAUAUAAAGGAAAAAAAUGAAACACAAGAAAUAUGUACAACUAAUAAAAAUCAUAAUAAUAUAAUAUGUAAUGGCAACAUAGAAUUUAACACCAAUUGUUAUAUGUUUGGAAAAGAUAACUUAGAAUGUUUUAAAAUAAAUCCUAUGAUCAUUUUAAUAAAUUCUUAUGAUCAAAUAAAAACUGUAAAUUCUUUAUUAGGUUUAGAUAUUAAUAAUUCUCCUUAUGUUCAUUUUAUAAAAUUAAAAAAAAUUCAUCCUGCAUAUUUUGAAAAAAUAUUAAUUGAAAGAUAUUAUUAUAAAAUGAUACAUUCAAAUAAAUAUAUAAAAGAUGUUAUUAAAAACUAUGCUUAUAAUUGUAAUGGAGAUAUAAGAUCAUGUUUUAAUGCUUUAGAUUUAUUAAACAGAAUACCAAAUAUAAGUCAGAUGAAUAUAAAUGAAUUAAAUAAUAUUUCUAAUACAUAUCAAAAUGAUAUAUUUCAUUUUGUUAAAAGUGUAUUAUAUAAUAAUAUACCUUCACAUUAUACUUCAAGGGAUGAUAUUAUAUCUCCUUUAUUUUAUUUGAAUUUUCAUACACACACAAAGGAUGAAUAUUUUUCAAAUUGGAUAAAUCAUAAACAUAUUAAAAUUGAUAAAAAUUAUAUGAAUGAUAAUAUUAUAAAUAUAUCAUCGAAAGAUAAUUUAAAUCAUAAAAUAAUAAAUAAUGAUGACAAAAAAGACACUUUGGUCAAUCAUAAAAUGAAGGAUAUACAUAUAUUACUUGCAAAUAAUAAAGAAGAAAAAAAUGAUGGGAAUAGUUUUAUAAAACAAUGUGAUAUUCAUCCUAUUGAUGAUGAUCAAAAUAUAUGUAUGAGUAAUAGAAAUUAUAAUAAUGAUAAAAUUAUUCAGAAUAAUAAAAAUAUAAACUCUUAUGAAAACUAUCAAACACUUUUAAAAGAAUUAGAUAAUCAAUCAGAGAUGAUGAGUAUAUUUGAAAAGUUUCAAAUCGUAUCCUUAUUAAAAGAAAAUUAUUUAUAUUUUUAUAACAAUCUAUUUGAUGUAGCAAAAUUAUUUACUAAUCUGAGUAUAAUUGAGUAUUCUUUUUGUGGUUUUAAUUGUACUAAUUUAUUAAUGAGAAAAUCAUUUGAAAAUCAGAAUGGCGAUGUUUCUAGAUUUAUAAAUGAUCAUUUUAUGUUAACGUAUAUGUAUUUUAUGAUUUGUAAUAGUAACAUACAUGGGGGUGUCUUAUAUGGCAAUAAUAUAUCUCAAAAGAAUAAAAUUAAUAUGAAUAUAAAUGAUUUACAGAGAAAAGAAAUGAACAAUGAAGACAAUGAGUAUAAGGAAAAAAUGGAAAAUGUGGAAAAAAAUAUAAAUACUACUAUUAGGAAUGAUGAAAAUAAUAACAAUAAUAGUAAUAAUAAUAAUAAUAAUAAUUAUUUAAUAUCAUUAUCUAGUAUGGAUAAAAAAAUAAAAAUAAAUAAUCACAUAUCUAUACAACCACAAAGUGUAUAUUUGAAAAAUAUAUUUUUUUCUUUUAAAAACAAUCCAAUGUAUAAAUAUUAUCAUCAUUGUAGUAUACUAAGAAAAGAAUUAUAUGAUAGAUAUAUUAUGAUCGUUAUAAGAAAAUUAACAAAUGAAUAUAUAAACGAUUUUGAAAGUGUUCUUUCCAAAUAUUGUUUUCUUUUAAGAGCUAACCAUGAAUUGUUUUCUAGUAUUUUUCCCUCCUAUAUAUUACUAAUUAUAAAUUAUUGGAAUGGUCAAUAUAUAAAUGAAUAUAACCUAUCAAAAUAUGAAGAAUUAAAAAAAAAAAACCAUUGUGAUAAUACAUUUAAUAAUGAAUAUGAUAAUAAAAUAUUUAUAAAUAAAAUCGAAUUGAAUAAUUUUAAAACAGCUUUAUAUUCGAAUAAAGUAAAUGAAAUAAUUGAUAAUUUUACACCAAGCUCUACAAAUUGUGACAAUAGAAAAAAACAUAUUAAUGAAAUUAUUCUAUUUCUAGAAACAUUUAUUACACCUAAAUUUAUUGCUCUCUUUUUUCCUUCUUAUUUAAAAUAUUUAAAAGACGGAACAAAACAAAAAAAAUGUGUGUUAAAUUUUAUUGGAAAUCAAGCAGUAUCUAUAGAGACCUAUUUUGAAAUGAGGAAUAUCCUCAAAUUAAAUGACAUAGCAUUCUUUAAUUAUUUUUUUCAAUAUUAA